GUGGCUCUCCAGAUUCUAGGAAAAUAGGCUUAAUAGGCUUCUAGGAAAAUAGGUUAAUAGGCCUCACAAAAUGUUUUUUGGCCAGGGACCCCUGACCUCAAGGGCCCCCGCAUUGUUAUUAUUAUUAUUUUUUUUAAUGACACAAUUUCACUUUAGAGCCAAAAUUCUAUUAAAUAAAAGUGCAGGUAUCUAAAUGUAAUAAACUCAAUUUAAAAGCUUUAGUGUUUUGAAUCUCGCGUGAGGCUGUUGACGGAAGCGCGCGCUGUACACGUGAGGAAGGCGUGGCCGGGCUGUGUGCAGCGCGCGGAGCGCAGGGAGGAGAGGAGCAGUGAAGAGAUCGGAGCGGUGCGGGGGAACAGGAUGGUGCGGGUCUGCGCGUUUCCCGGCUGCGGGAAGAAGAUGAAGCGCUAUAACCCGGAGAGUUUCCACAGGCUGCCGAUGAGGCGCUCUGCGCUCAAACCCUGGCUGCUCGCGCUGCAGCUGGACGUGAGCACACCUCUCCACACUCUGAUACAGAAGGACUACCGCGUGUGCAGCGCGCACUUCCACACGGAGGAUUAUACCACCCGCACCGGAGCCCCUAAUCCCCCCCGGAGAAUGCGCCUGAAGAAGGGCGCCGUGCCCAGAGCCGCGUGCCUCGCUCCGCAGAUUUUGGAACCCUUUGAUUUCUCCAUUAAGGAAGAGCCACCAGCAGACCCAGAAUAUGGCUCUCCGGAUCUCGGAAAGCUGAGGGGGAGUGGAGGUGGGCUAUUCAACAAAGAGCCUCCAGCAGACCCAGUAUAUCUUUUGGAACCCAUUGAUUUUUCUUCUAAGGAAGAGCCUCCUGCAGACCCAGCAUAUGGAAACAUGGAACUCGUUUAUUUAUCAGAUGAAUUUUUAAGUGAUUUUGAAAGUCCUGAAGAGGAAGAGAAAAAGAAGAAAACCAAGAAGAACCAAAAUAACAGCAGCUCAGAUGAGUGGGAGCCACCGGCACAAGAAACCACCAUGGAUUCGGAUAGUUCGGAAGUCUCUUUAGAGGAAGAGGAGGAUGAGGAAUCUGAUGGUCCUGGUGAUGUGGCGGAUGAGGGCAGUAUGCCGGUGGUAGGCUGCAAAGAAUGCGACUCAGAAGCUACGCUGCAGUGUUCGAUACUGAAGCACAAAAAAGUUUUCGCAUGCCCGCAGUGUGUUAGUGGCGAUGGUUCAGACGAUUGCCUGUUCGAGAAGCUGUUUGUCCGCUUUGACGACUUCAAAAACUUUCAGAUUCACGUCAAGCAAGAGCACAGAGUCACGGCCAAACGGGUGCUGUGUCAGGAGUGCGGCAUUUUCUAUGUGACGCCUACAGAAGCCAACGGUAAGAAGGAGCAUGUCUGCGAAUACAAGACGAAACAAUUCGUCUGUUUGGAAUGCGACAAUCGGUUUCGCACGGAGCAGGGCCUAAAAGCACAUGCGCAGAAACUGCACGGCAACAUGUUGCACCCGUGCAAAUACUGCCUAAAGCCUUUCCACAACAGACCCGCCAAACUGGAGCACGAGGACACGCAUCCCAAAGCGGAAAAGCCGUACAUGUGCACCGACUGUCCCGAGAAGUUCAGCAACAUCCUAAAGCGCAACCGCCACCUGCGAUCCCAUCAAGGCCCCUGGAAGUACAUCUGCAAGACCUGCGGUAAGGGCUUUCCUUACCCGGACCGGUUAGAGAGGCAUGAGCUGAUCCACUCCGGAGAAAAGCCGUUCAGGUGUGAGGUGUGCGACCGUUCCUUCAGCCAGGAUGGCCAUCUUAAAUCCCACAUGCGUCUGCAUACGGGAGAAAAACCGUACAAGUGUAAGUUCUGCGAGAAGAGCUUCAACCACAACGUCAGCCUCAAGAGCCACGUGCUACGCUACCACAGCUCCGAAGCUCCUCAUACGGAAGGUGCUGUUAAAAAAUCUGUUCCAAAAACUAAGAAAAAGAAGAUACACCCAGUAAGGCCUAGGGGGCGCCCCAAACAAGUUUUAGGGAACGAAGAACAGGAGUUGUCCUAGCUGCGAAAGUGUAUAAUAGCUUCUUAAAACCUAUUUAUGCAUUGGUAAUACGUUUUAAAGAUCUUGACGUUCAUCAGUGUGUUACUGUUUUGGCUUCGUUUAGUUUGUAAGGAAAGUGUAUUCUAGUUAAUUGAUGGGAUCAAUCAAUUCUACACUUUAAAAAAAAAAAAAGAAUCAGGAAUCUGAUGUAGACUUUCUGUUAGGACUUUUCUUACGAACCAGUUUUUUUUUUUUUAUUAUUUUGUUUAAUAUUUUUUUUGUCACACAGAGACAAAAUCGCUUGCAUUGGCAUGUUAGCCUUGUAAAUUAUGAUAGUACUUCAUAAAUGCCCCAGACAAAUGUAUACAAGUGUAUUCAUGACAAAAAAGGUAAGAACUAAUCAAACGUGCAUAAGCAUUGUAUCCCCGUAAGGGACGAUAGUACCUCAUAAAGGCCCUGUCCAAAUGUAUGUAUCUGGAUAUUUAAAAAAACAGACUUUUCCCCCUUACCAGUUAAAAAAGUUUGGACACCUUAAAUUCAGUGUUUUUUUUUCAUUAUUUUAAAAUCUUCUGCAUUGUAGAUUAAUACUUGUCAUCCAAACUAUGAAAAGAAUACCAUAUGGAAUUAUUAAGUUAACAUUUACAUUUACCAAAGUAGCACCUCUUGCUUAGAUGACAGUUUUGCACAUCUUAGCUGGAUUUUCUCAGUCAGCUUUAUGAGGUAGAGUCACCUGAAAUGGAUUGCAGUUAACAGCUGUUGUUAUCAAUAUUAUGGUAAGAAGUACUUUCUGAAACGAAGGUCAGUCAAUCCAAAACAUUUUAAGAACUUUGAAAGCAUCGUCAAGUGCAGUUGCAAAAAGACCAUCAGAAACAUUAUGAUGAAACUGGCUCUCAUCAGGACCGACACAGGAAAGGAAGAGCAAGAGUUCCUCUUCUAACCAGCCUCAGAAACUACAAGUUACCAGCACCUAAAUACUUCAGAGUGUUUUGGUUUGUUUAACACUUUAAAAUGUACUACAUGAUUCCUUAUGUGUUCCUUCAUAGUCUGGAUCACUACAAAAUUCAUUUAGAAUGUAGGAAAAACAAAUAUUGAAUGAGAAGAUGUGUCCAAAUUUUUGACUGGCACUGUAUAUUUCUGCCCACGCAGGAAUGAAAUUGCCUGCAUUAGCAUGUUAUUUCUGUAUAGGAAACACAAAACAGGUUUAAUCCCCAAUUAGAAUCUAUCCCUAAGUUGUAAACUAUGCAAGUCACACAAAACAGAUUCUGUCUCAGAAUCAGAUAAUUAAAUAUUAAAAACAGAGCUGUAUUUACAUUUAUUCAGAUGUAGAAAUCUGAAAUCCAGUGCUAUCUGCGUGUCGAUUUAUGACUUUUAUUUAUGACCUAUAUAUAGUGCACUAUAUAGGGAGUAAGGAAGAAAUUGAGAUUCAGAAUGACAUAAAAGUCAUAAGGCAUUUUUAUAAGGCUCUGUUUUGCCUGUUUACAAGAAAAUGUGCAACCUUUUGAGAGUGUUUUCUAAAAGCUCAGUUUUUAGUGACCAAUAGAGGUGUAACGAUUAUGUUCACAAGCAAAAGGAGCAAAAGAUUAUGGAUAAUGUAGUGCAGUUCAAAAUAAGAUAAUUCCAUUUGAAAUGCAGCUAAAUUAAAGUAAACUAAAGUCACCAAAAUACUUCACAGCGAUAUUUAUGUUUACUUAAUUUCUGUUUACCCCUGUUCAGCUUAAACCUCUUAAACGAUACUUUCACUCUAGAUCACUUAUAAAAUAAGUGAUUAAUUAAGAAAACUAAACAGCAUAGCAAUUUGUAUAAUCUUAAUGCUGUCCUUAUAAUACUUAAUAAUAAAUAGCACUUAUACAAUAUUUAUACAUGGAGCAUAUACAUAAGGUGCAUUUGGAAUUAUUUAUACAGUAAUAUAAAUAUAUAUAUAUAUGAAAAAAAUGAGUGGAUCGUUACACACCUAUUGCUUACAUUUCAGAAAAAAUAAAACAUUUUCUUAAUUUACAUCUGUUUAAGAUAUUGUGAGACAGUCGAAUUGUGAGCUCAGUAUUGUGAAUCUGCAUCUCAGAAUCUGUGGCUAUAAAUCUGCUACAGACAUUUCUAUUCUAUUAUGUUUAUGUUUAAUGCUUUAAAUGUGUGUGUGGGGGGGGCGGGGGUGCUCUAAACAGUUCUUUUAGUUUUCAUUUGUUACAGUUUGCCUUUAAAAGUGCACUUCUUUUACAGUUCUUGCCACAUUACUGUUGGUUGUUGCAAAAAAUAAACUGUAUUUCAAACACAAUAUGUAAUUUUUUUUAACUAUUGAACCAUAGUAAAGCACUUUAAAAGCAGUACAUCGACAUGGCAAACGUCUGGUAUGGUCUUCCGUGACUUUUCCAUGGUCCAAUAAAGCUAAAUAUGUUGGAUAUGUGGGUGGAGUCUCCUGCAUUGAAUGUGGAUGUGAUUAGAAUUUGCUUGUCUAUUCAGAUGCACAUAUCUAGCCACAAUUGUUAUUACCACUCACAGCACUGUGCUGUCCACUGUGGGUGGUAAUUCCCUCUAUGAUGCUUAGUGCAUUCAGUGCGCUGUUUAGCUCCACUUAUUAUUUCAUUAGUGUUUGUACAGGCAUGGCCAGGGGAUUUAUUUUAUACAUCUUUUGCAAAACAGGACUGAAAAAAACAUAUUAAAUCAACGACUAAGCAA